AUGAACAUAAGAGCUCCGGCAGAAAACAAGAUGAGGGGAACUUAUGAUCCAAACUAUCAAACAUUGGCUGGUCUCAACAAUGAUGAUGUGUUUAAGCCAAAGGGUUGUACUCCGUUCGGAGGUGGUACUCCGGUCAGAGGUGGAGGUUGUAAUAUCAGAGCUCCACAGCAGAACAGAAUGGUUGGCACGUACGACCCUAACUAUCAAACAUUAGCCGGAUUGAAUAAUGACGACGUUUUCAAGAAGAAGGAUGGUGGAGGAGGUACUCCGGUCGGAUGUGGUACUCCCGUCGGACGUUCUCCAGUCGGAGGUUUCAACAUCCGAGCUCCACAGCAGAACAGAGUGGUGGGCACGUAUGACCCCAACUAUCAAACAUUAGCCGGACUAAACAAUGACGACGUUUUCAAAAAGAAGGGGGGCGGCUAUGGUCAGAAAGGAGGUGGCAACAUUCGAGCUCCGGAGGUGAAGAGAACGGUUGGCACAUAUGAUCCCAACUACCAAACCCUUGCAGGGUUGAAUAAUGAAGACGUUUUUAAACCUAAGGCAGGGGGUGGUGCCCAGAAAGGAGGUGGAAACAUCAUUCGAGCUCCAGAGGUGAAGAAAACCGUUGGCACAUAUGAUCCAAACUACCAAACCCUCGCCGGAUUAAAUAACGAAGAUGUUUUCAAACCUAAGAAAAAAGGCGGCCAAAACGAAAUUAACGAGGACCGAAGGGUUGGUCAACGAGUACAUUAG